UAGUUCAAAUGUUCCAACAGUUUAACAUAACCUGAAAUAUUUGUGCAGAAAUUGUUUUCUUGCACAGAUAAAUGUGCGUCUUAAUUAAUGUUUGUGUAUUAAAAUUAUGUUGUAAAUAUAUUUCUAUGUGUUUCUAUUGUUAUAAAUGUUUUUAAGUGUAUAGUGAAGUAUUGUGGUUUGAAAAAAUUCUGUUGCAUGACAUUGAACUGACAUUUACUAUUAAUUCCAAUUUAAAAAGGGUAUUGCUAAUUAGAGUUGCUAAGAAAUAAUUCUAAGAUGCGUAAUAGAAGUAAUUCGGGUGUUCGUUUAGAUUAUUAUCAAAGAAUUGUGCAAAAGUUGAUACUGGCUCAUCAAAAUCCUGUCACAGGAUUAUUUCCUACAUGUCCUGAUAAUGAUCAUGCUUGGAUUCGAGACAACGUUUAUUGUAUACUGGCAGUGUGGGGUCUAUCCAUGUCUUAUAAGAAGAUUGCAGACCAAGAUGAAGACAGAGCUAAAACUUACGAAUUAGAACAAGCAUGUGUAAAACUUAUGAGGGGCCUUCUGAUGGCAAUGAUGCGUCAGAAGGACAAAGUUGAAAAAUUUAAGGUAACACAGAAUCCUUUAGAUUCAUUACAUGCCAAAUAUUCGUCAACAACAGGUCAGGCUGUAGUUGGUGACCAUGAAUGGGGUCAUUUACAAAUUGAUGCUAUUAGUUUAUAUCUCUUGGUUCUUGCACAAAUGACUGCUUCAGGACUACAAAUUGUUUUUAAUUUAGAUGAAGUUGCAUUCAUUCAAAAUCUUGUGUUUUAUAUUGAAAGUGCAUACUGUAUUCCUGACUAUGGAAUUUGGGAAAGAGGUGAUAAAACAAACCAUGGUUUGCCAGAAUUGAAUGCCAGUUCAGUAGGGAUGGCCAAGGCAGCUCUUGAAGCUAUGAACGAAUUAGACUUGUUUGGGGCUAGAGGUGGUCCGUAUAGUGUGAUUCAUGUUUUAGCAGAUGAAGCACAGAAAUGCCAAGCAGUUUUACAAUCCAUGUUACCCAGAGAAUCAAGUUCAAAAGAACUAGAUAGCGGUCUUUUGUCGGUAAUUAGUUUUCCGGCAUUUGCUGUUGACGAUCCUGGUCUUAUAAAAUUGACCAGAGAAUCCAUAAUAACUAAAUUACAAGGUCCAUAUGGUUGUAAAAGAUUUCUAAGAGAUGGAUACAAGACGCCGAAAGAGGACCCAAACAGGUUGUAUUAUGAGCCAUGGGAGUUACGGAUGUUUGAAAAUAUAGAAUGUGAAUGGCCUUUAUUUUUUUGUUACCUUAUCCUUGACUACUGUUUUCAAGGAAAAGUCGAAAUGGCUAAUUCGUUAACUGAACAAUUAGAAAAAAUAAUGAUAAAAAGCGAAGAGGGAUUAAGACUUGUGCCUGAAUUAUAUGCCGUCCCUUCAGAACUUGUAAAUGCAGAAUACAAAGACCCUGGUAGUCAGAAAAGGAUUGCUAGGGGUGUCUGCCCGUUUUUAUGGGCACAGUCGUUAUAUAUUUUAGGAAAAUUAUUGCAAGAGAAAUUUCUUGCGGUGGGAGAGUUGGAUCCAUUAAAUCGGAGAUUAUGCUCCGAAAAAAAACCAGAUGUAGUUGUUCAAGUUGUAAUUUUAGCUGAAGAUAACGCCAUCAAACAAAAAUUAAUGGAACAUGAUAUUCUCGUACAAACCAUAGCUGACGUUGCCCCCAUUGAAGUUCAACCCGCCAAGGUUUUAUCGUAUCUUUAUACGUACUUAGGACGUAACAAGAAGCUCGGUUUGUCUGGAAGAAAAUCAAGAGAUAUGGGCAUCUUAAGUACUAGCAAAUUGUAUUCAUUGGGCGAUAAAAUUUUCGCCUUCACUCCACAGUUCACUGAUAUGUCCCAAAAUUACAUUGCCACUGAUUAUGAACUAAUGAUAGACAUUUACAAGAGUGAAAUCAAUUUCUUGAAAUCGAGCUGGCAAAAUAUAAUGGGUCGUCCAGUGGUUGUCAUUGCCUGUAGAAAUAUACAUUUAGAUAAUGGAAAAAUUCCGUUAGCUAUGAUCACGACAAUGAAAAAGUUAAAAUCAGGUUACAUAAAUGGCACGAGAGUAACCCUUGGUUAUUUAAACGAUUUUUUGAGUACUAGCUGUAUAGCCAAUUUAAAUUUCUUGGGUAAUCAUGAGGACGGAUUACCAGACAAGUUAAAUGCCCAAGUUCAAACAUACUUAGAAGGUCACAUGAUGAAAUCCUUAUCUACUAAAUCGGCUUUGUUAAAUGCAGCCUUAAACGGUAAAGGGCGCACAAUAAAACGAAAAAUGUCCGUGAGGGGCACAAUUAAGAAAACAAGAUCUAUUAAUGUGGACUCUGAAACUCUUGGCAUGGAAAGUACAAAUUUAGAAAGAAAAGGGUCAGUAUUAAUACCUACAGGUAGUUUAUUAGACAUUUAUGAUCAUUCUGGACCAGCAAGAUCUCCAACCCCGGAAGAAGUUAGGAGGGAAUCGCCUCAACCUGACAACGUAACUAAAACGUCACAAAAUAAAUUGAGCAGCAUUCCCGCAAUAACCGUGGCUAGACAUCGUAAUAAUAGUGAUUGUCAGUAUGCAGAUACAGAGGUGGAAGAAUUAUUUCAAAUGCUUCGCGAAUCAGAAUCUUUAGAAGAACAGGGCGACAUUUUUCAAUAUUUGGUUCAUUCAAAAGGCCUGGAUUUCGAUACCGGAAUGAUCGAGGACGGAAAGCCUGUAACUGUUCGUCAUUUGCUGAAAGGUCUUUAUGAAAAAGCUUGUCAGCAAAAGUUGUGGGGUUUAGUACGACACACUGCUGGAAUAUUAGGAAAACGUGUCGAAGAUCUUGCCAAAGCAGUGACGGAUCUCCUAGUUCGUCAAAAACAAAUAACUGUGGGUAUGCCACCGAACAAUGAGCAUACCACAACUGCCCCUCUCCCAGAAGCGGAUCUAAGAACGCUUAUUAAUGAAGCUUACGGAGAAGAUAAAAGUACAGCCAUGUUAACCCAAGAACUUUUGGUAUACUUGGGGAUGUUUAUCAGAACUGAGCCCCAUCUAUUUAUGGAAAUGUUGAGGCUUAGAGUAGGGCUCAUCAUACAAGUAAUGGCUACCGAGUUGUCGAGAACUCUAAUGUGCGAUGGUGACGACGCCUCUGAACAUUUGCUGAAUUUGAGCCCUUUUGAGAUGAAAAAUUUGCUUCUUUUCAUUAUAAGUGGGAAGGAGUUUGCAAUUAGUAGCGUGGGACACGGAAAUUUGUCUGUUGUUAGUACAAAAUCUGGUAGACUUAGCAAGAAAAGUCAGAUAGGAAGCCUUUUGGGAUCUGAGUCUGACUUUGGGGACGAAGUACUUGGUGAUAAUGAUCGUCAGGGACAAUGGAUUAGGAGAAGAAGAUUGGAUGGAGCCCUUAAUAGAGUUCCCCCAAAAUUUUAUCCAAGAAUUUGGAAAGUAUUGGAAAGAUGCCAGGGGAUCGACAUUGCAGGCAAGGUGUUGCCCCAACAUUUAACGCAGGAGAUGACACCAGGAGAAUUGAAAUUUGCUCUUGCUGUUGAGACCGUUUUGAACUCUAUACCCCAACCAGAGUACAGACAACUUAUUGUGGAAGCGCUAAUGGUUUUGACGUUAGUGGUGGAGUAUAACGUUGCCCCGUCUUUAGGGGGUAUUAUUCAAAUUGAGCACCUCGUACACACUGCAAACGAGCUCUUUUUGGAAGACCAGAUGAAAUGUGACGGAGAUGCGACUCUGUGUUGCGCUAAACCAAAAGAUAAAAGGGAAUUGACCCCUCAGGGGACAUUGCUGUGCGCGGGAGCUGCGUAUAUAUGUCAACAUUUUUAUGACAGUGCUCCCAGUGGCUGUUAUGGUACAAUGACGUACAUAACGAAAGCUAUUGUGUUCGUUUUGGAAUGUGUACCUAAACAGGGGGAACUUGAUUGCACAGUUAGUUAAUUAAUAUAUACCUGUCACCGUUUUAGCCAGAUUGAUUUUGUAUAUAUAUAUAUUUAUAAUUAUAUAAUUUUGUUUUUCUUGCUAUUUCGGUUUCAUUAGAGCUAUUACAUUAUCAAUAUA